UGUUUUUUAAACCUUUCAUUCAUUAAAGAGUCCCACACACUGAUAAGCACGAGACACCACUUUAAUUAUUAAAAUGAUCAAAACCCGCAGAGCGUCUUUGAAGGCAAAACAGCUGGACGUAACAGAUCUGUCAGAGGACAGCAGAGACCGCAUCCAAUUAAAGGGAUCCUGGAAGCCUGAUGUUUGCUUCAGGUCCAAAACCAUCAGAGAUGAGCUGGCGCAGGCUUUCAUGGACACCGAGAGCGAGGGCGAGUUCGAGGGUUUCUCUGCGGACGAGGCUGACUGGAGAAAACCGGUGAGUGAGGGGUCUGAUAAAGACAGCGACGACAACGGCUUUUAUUCUGACGGAGAGGAACCGGCGUCUAAAAAGCAGCGCAGCUCUGGACUGUGUGUCGCAUUCAAGUUUCCCACCAAAAGAGGCCCCGCCCCUAAACGGAACAUUGCCAAAAAAGGCAACAAAGAGGCCACGCCCCCAGCUCCGCCCAUCAGCAGGAAGCCUGCAGGAGGAAACAGGAAGCGGCACGAACCAGAACAAUCAAAAGAGCCGACUUUAUACGACCGUAUACGUGCAGAGAGCCAAUCAAAACCCUCUGAUAACGUGCCCAAUGUGGAGAGCCUACUGACCGACGAGGAGAUGCAGAUACUGAGCAAAAGGGCCAAGAACAUUGAAGAAAAUAAAGCUAUGCUUGCAAAACUUUUUGCAGACUUGAGUUCUUUGCCAGAACUGCCUUCUAAAACGACACCUACGAAGAAAAAGAAGCAGUCUACCUCGAAACGGCGGUUCUCAGAGGUUCAGGUCGAGAGACGGAACCCGGGCCGAAAGGCGAGACCCCCGGAGCAUUUCGGGAUAGAGGUGGAGGAAAAACCGGCUCCUCAGAAGAGAGAGAGCGGACCGAUCGACAUCAAGCGCCUGAUGGAGGUGAAGGAGGGUCCGGGAGAUGCUCGGCCCAAGCCGAGGAAGCGUCGCUCGCGGGAGUGCAUACGAAUGCCGGAGGACAUCACCGAAGAAGAGCUGCAGAACAUCGCCGACCGCGCUAAAGACAAAAUCCUGGAUAAAGAGAGCGGCAGCACGUGUCACCAGUGCCGGCAGAAGACCCUCGACACCAAGACUGAGUGCAGGGGCCUCUACUGCGGCGGGCUCAAGGGGCAGUUCUGCGGCCCCUGUUUACGCAACCGCUACGGAGAAGACGUCCGCGCCGCGCUGCUGGAUCCUGCGUGGGAGUGUCCCAUCUGUCGAGGAGUGUGUAACUGCAGUCUGUGCCGCAAGCGGGAUGGACGCUGUGCCACCGGCGCUCUCACCAGACUCGCCAAAUUCUACGGACACGACAACGUCCGGGACUAUCUGGAGAGAAGGACGUGGAGUGAAGACGAUCAUCCGUGUGACACAGACGCAUCUGAUGGGAAUCAAGCUGAUCCUCAUGUUUCUCUCCUGACACUUUUAGAGUUGAGCAUGAAACCACUGAGAGUUUAAGGCAGUGUUCAGCACUGAUAUGCAAAUCAGUUGUUUCUUUUAUACUUCAUGAUGUUAAACUGUGUUUUACUGAUUUUAUUUUUGCAUACUAUUCUCUUGCUAAUUAAAGGCCGAGAUAUCAUGA